CUCGGAGACAGGCGGCCCCUUGAGAACACUGUGUUGUCCUCAUUUCCAGAGAAAAAAAGAACUACCCUUCUUCUUUCUUCACAAACAUCGGCAACAUGGAGGGAGAUAGCUAUAUCGAGAGGAAGAUUGACUUUGUCACGGGUCAUACUGGAAGUAACAUCUGGGAUAUCACCCAAGUUACAUUGAUCGCUCCCGCUGCCGCGUUGCUUUGGGCUGUGCUUCAGACUCGCCAGAAAUUCUUUGACCCUUACACGACAUCAUCAUAUCUGACUGAUUUCCUGCUCCAAGUCGGAGCUAUCCUUUUCGCUGUCACGGCGUAUGCUGAUAAUCCUACUGUCUUGGUCGGGUUACUACUGAUCCCUGCCAUUGGUAUUCUCGUCAACGGUGACAAUCUCGACCACAGAUUCACCAAGCCCGCAAAGCCUCCUGUGAAGGAGGAUGCAGCCGGACCUCCUGAACCUGUGGACCUGGUUCCUAUCAAGCCUUUCAUCACCACUUACAGAGGUGCCAUGAUGAUUAUCACCUGCGUAUCUAUCCUGGCUGUUGACUUCCCUGUCUUCCCUCGUCGUUUCGCCAAAGUAGAGAACUGGGGAGUGUCACUUAUGGAUCUCGGUGUUGGUUCUUUCGUUUUUGGUGCCGGUCUGGUUUAUGCGCGCCAACAACUCAAGGCAGAGGACGAGGAUGCACCCAAAGUCAGAUUCACCAGCCGCAUGAACUCUGCAGUCAUGCACUCUUUGCCUCUGCUUGCCCUCGGAUUCCUUCGCCUUUGGACUGUCAAGGGUCUCGAAUACCAGGAGCACGUUACCGAAUAUGGUGUUCACUGGAACUUCUUCUUCACUUUGGGACUUCUGCCUCCUUUCGUCACGCUCCUUCAACCGGUUUACAAGUACAUUCCGUCCUACAGCGCUCUGGGCUUUGCACUGCUCAUCCCCUACGAGAUGCUGUACAAUUACACCAACCUCGGAUUUUACAUGUUCAUGGCACCUAGAGACGACUUCAUCUCAGCAAACAGAGAGGGCAUAUUCUCUUUCCUUGGCUACCUCGCAAUCUUCAUCGUCGGACAAGGAAUUGGUAUGGAGGCACUUCGUCGCGACGUCAAUGCUGCUACCCCCAUGACGCACAACGAUGAGUGGGUCGCCGACAUGCUCGGUGGAACCGACAGCUUGAAGGAGGUCCGCAAGACACGCGAGCACAACUCGAUGUUCAAGCUUGCCAAGUGGACUGGUAUCUGGAUCAUCUUGUACGUCUUCCUGACUUGGCACUACGGUCCUCGCCUGACGGUCUCUCGUCGUCUGGCGAACUUGCCUUACCUCGCUUGGGUCGCAGCCUUCAACUGUGGUCAGCUGCUCCUUUUCCGCGUCAUCGAGGGCAUUCUCUUCCCGCUUCUGUACACUUCCCGCGACAAGAAGGUUGAAAAGGAACGUGUUUCGAAGGCUACUAGUAAGGUGCUGAAUGCGUUCAACCGCAACGGAUUGGUCAUCUUCUGUCUUGCCAAUGUGUUGACUGGAGUCAUCAACAUAACCAUGCCUACUUUGGACAUGAGUGACUAUGAAGCCAUGGCAGUUUUGAUCAGCUACAUGGCCAUUUUGACCAGCGUUGGUUUGUUCUUGGAUCAGCGUAACAUUACCAUCAAGCUGUAGUUGGGUUAUUGUGUGGUGUAGAUAGGCGAAGAGAAAACAUAUAGAAUUCAAUCGAUGCGAGCCUUUCAAUCACACAGAUUCAU